AUCUGGUUGUACGCACGAAGUUACCAUCUCUUCCUGUUCGCUAACAGCUAGAGGACGUUGGUGUCACAGAGGAGAGGGGCUUCUUGGGGACUUAUCUUUAACUAACAUAAAUAAGAGCAAACCAACAGCAAAAUGUUUUCCCGUGCCGUGAGACCGACCAUCAGCCUCGCCAGGAGCUUGUCCACUUCGUCGCAGAAUAACGCAAAAGUGGCGGUGCUGGGAGCGUCUGGCGGAAUAGGCCAACCACUGUCUUUACUGCUCAAGAACAGCCCCCUGGUGAGUCAACUCUCCCUCUACGAUAUCGCCCACACUCCCGGUGUUGCUGCAGACCUGAGCCACAUUGAGACAAGAGCCCAGGUCAAGGGCUACAUGGGUCCCGACCAGCUGGACGCUGCGCUUCAAGGUUGCGAAGUUGUCGUCAUUCCCGCUGGUGUGCCCAGAAAGCCCGGCAUGACUCGUGACGACCUCUUCAACACCAACGCAACCAUCGUAGCCACCUUGGCCGAUGCCUGCGCUCGCAACUGCCCCGAAGCAAUGAUCUGCAUUAUCGCCAACCCUGUCAACUCCACCAUCCCAAUCACAUCGGAGGUCAUGAAGAAACAUGGAGUCUACAACCCCAAUAAAGUGUUUGGUGUUACCACCUUGGACAUUGUAAGAGCCAAUGCUUUUGUGGCUGAGCUCAAAGGCCUUGACCCGGCCCGUGUUAGCGUGCCUGUUGUUGGGGGUCACGCGGGAAAGACCAUCAUCCCCCUAAUUUCCCAAUGUACCCCCAAAGUGGAGUUCCCCGCUGACCAGUUGUCCGCACUGACCGGCAGGAUCCAGGAAGCUGGCACUGAGGUAGUAAAGGCCAAGGCUGGAGCUGGUUCUGCCACCCUCUCUAUGGCGUACGCCGGCGCCCGCUUCACCUUUUCCGUUUUGGACGCCAUGAAUGGAAAGGAGGGUGUAGUAGAAUGUGCUUUUGUCCGGUCCGAGGAGACUGAGUGCAAGUAUUUCUCCACACCUCUCCUCCUGGGCAAGAAUGGCAUCGAGAAGAACCUCGGCCUUGGCAAGCUGUCCGCCUUUGAGGAGAAGCUGGUGGCCGAUGCAAUUGGUGAGCUGAAAGGCUCCAUCAAGAAAGGCGAAGAUUUUGUGGCCAACAUGAAGUGAACAAGGACACGAAAACAGCUACAACUUGGCACUGUCAUUGAUAUUUCCUGUCUUAAAUUAAAAAAUGGCUCUUGUGCAAAUCUCAACAUCUGUCAAGUGAUUCUUCCUCUGUCGUUUUUUUUUUUCAGCCCAGUGAUAGUCUAAAAUUGGAAGCAGAUUUUGACCUUUGUGCAGUCCAUUUCUCUGACUAGGAUUUCCCUUAUCAAAUGUUUUUAUAUCACCCAGUUCACUGCUCUCUCUUGAAUCAUGUUUUGCAAAUAUGAAUUCAGUAGUUUUUCAUAAAACUGUAUCAUUGCUCAAGAGGAAAUACUAUCACCAAUGAUUUUCAUGCCCAUGUCACUAAGUAAACAACUGGUGACAAACAAUAAACCAUAGGUUCAAAAUGUACCCAUGUCUUUUAUGUUUCUUAUUAGUAGUUUGUGCGUAAUUUAAGGUGCACAGUUUAAUACAUUUUAGACUUGCAGACAGUUAUGAUUGUUGUGUAAUUAACGUAUUCUGUGGCCACUCCACAUUCCUAUUAAUAUCACAUUUUGCAUGGAAGACAAUUGCUUUCAAAUUGUUUGAUGAACAGUAUAUAAUAGUUCACCCCCCCCCCCCAAAAAACAUUGUUGCCUUGUCUAAGACAAUGUUCCCUCCAAAUUGUCAAACUUUAAUUUGACCAAUUUAAGCAUAGUUUAACAUGUAUCAUGUAUCAAUCUUUGACCACUGCCUGAUUAUCAACCUGAAAAAAAAAAAAAAAAACAA